AUGGCAGUAUUUCUGUUCGAUGCUGCUGCUAAGGUUGGUCAUCAUGGACACGAUGGCGCAUGUGACGAUGAUUUUUAUGAUCGCCUAUCACGUCGAUAUUCCGUAAUUCUUCUUAUUACAUUUACAAUGCUUAUAUCAACAAAACAGUAUGUUGGUGAACCGAUUGCAUGCUUUUGUCCAGCUCAUUUUACGGGUACACAUGUAGAAUAUACAAAUAAUAUAUGUUGGAUAUCAAAUUCUUAUUUUAUUUCAUUCGAUCGUUUACUACCGAAAUAUCCUGAUCCAAAAACUGAAGAAUUUAUUUAUUUUUAUCAAUAUGUACCAUUUAUUCUUAUUAUACAAGCCAUAUUUUUUUAUAUUCCAGCUCUUGUAUGGUCAUCAUUAAAUAUUCGAAGUGGCUAUGAUUUAGGUAUGCUUGUGACACAAGCUCGUAUCAUUGACACGUAUACAUCAGAUUUCCGUCAAGCAUCUGUUCAAUAUCUAGCGCGUUAUAUUGAUCGAAUACUUGAAUAUCAUCGACAAAAGCGCUCAGAAUAUUUAGAUCAAUUGAAUUCAUUGAAAGUUUCAAAUUUUUUGCUAUUUUUAAUUCGACAUGAUCAUAUUGCAAUGUGCAACAACCAUUUAAUGUGGUGUUUUUUAAUAAUAAAAAUCCUUUACUUGCUCAAUGCUUUGGGACAGUUAUAUUUGCUCAAUUUAUUUCUGGGAAACGAUUAUCAUAUGUAUGGUUUUGCUGUAAUACGUAAUUUAUUUAGAGGAAAUAAUGAAAAUUGGACAGUAACACCAAGAUUUCCGAGAGUGACAUGGUGUAAUUUUGCUGUUCGAAAUUUGGCUGAUAAUAUUCACACUUACACGGUUCAAUGUAGUUUACCAAUAAAUUUAUUCAAUGAAAAAAUCUUUUUAAUUAUUUGGUUUUGGCUUUAUUUCACUGCAUUAUUUACAUUGUUUGGUUUUCUCUAUUGGGUCGUAUCGUUUUUCUAUCCGAAAUUUUAUAGAUCAAAUCUGAUACGUUAUUUAUCAUCAAUGAAACGUGUAAACGUUCAUCACUUCCCCGAAAAUCCAUUUGAAGAACCACCAAUGGUUCAUCGGCACCAUUCUUCUCAUAAUCGUCGCCAAUCAUUUGGACGUUCACAUUACAAUAGUUCGAUGCGUAAUAGCCGUCGUCAACAUAGUCUUGCAUCUUCAUAUGCUAAUCGCUCAGCCAGACAAAACUUUGAUUCAGCUCAGUUAUCACGUAUGCAAGAGCCUGUCGAGGUUCCCAUUCCGAACGAAACAAAUUCUCUUGAAACUACCACAGUAUCGACACCCGAUGAAGAGCCAAUAUCACCAACAGUACAACUAAAGCUGCCGGCUCCAUUGAAUUCAGUUACAUUAAAUGAACAUAAUCGAAUAGUGGCAAAUUUUAUAGAAAAUUAUCUCAGUCAUGAUGGUUCACUUGUCUUAUACAUACUUAAGAUUAAUACAAACGAAGUGAUAACGGGUGAAAUAGUUACAACUUUAUUUGAAAUAUUCAAAACAAAUUAUCGAAUCGAUACAACAAAUUAA